AUUAAGAGUUGUUCAAAAUUGUUUUACUUAAAACGAGACAAAUGCGCAAGCUAAUCAGCUGUGACGUCAUAUACUGUCUUAUCUGUUUUGGAAAUGGGCUCUGCCAACUUGUUUCAAGCCGCGAUAUCAGCUGGUGCACUAUUUUACAGGGUGGCUUUUCUUUACGGUAGUUUGUUUUGGAAAUUGCUGAAAAAAGGGCGAAUAAAAUAUGGCACCGCCAUCGGCACGGGCGCGUUAUAAUGCCAACAAGGCUGACAACCAAAUACCAACCAAAAAACCACUAAAGCGUCGCAAUGGCAAAAAGGAAACCAGCGAUGUACCGGCCCCAACCCCUGCCGGCACCAGAAACGAAAAGCGAAGAACAAUUGAAGUUAUUAGAAAUAGUCCAGACCCUAACGCUCCACUCCCAACGAAUGUUCCCAUGAUGCCAGGUAUUAACACUGCCUUCAAGACUUUUGUUAGCGCUCGCCUUUGCAGCGCCAUUUGGGCAUACAUAGCGGACUGUGAUGAGACUUUUAACUACUGGGAGCCAUUGAACUACAUUAUCAACGGUCAUGGUUUGCAGACAUGGGAGUAUAGCCCACAAUUUGGGCUACGCUCCUAUACGUAUCUUUUGCUGCAGGGCGUGCCCGGCUGGAUCUAUCAGAAAAUAUUUAACCCUAGUCCCUUACUUAUAUUUUAUAUGGUGCGCUGUAUGCUGGGCUUUGGCUGUGCUGUUAUGGAACGAUUUAUAUACAAAUCCAUUUGCCGGGAGUUUGGCAUACAUGUGGGUCGCUUGUGGUUGAUAUUCCAGUUAUUUAGCGUGGGCAUGUUUGUCUCUAGCACAGCACUGCUACCUUCGUCUUUCUCCAUGUACUUUGGUUGCUCGGCGCUGGCCGCCUGGUGGACGAAACAAUAUAGUCUAUCGAUUUUCCUCACCGCUAUCUCAGCGCUGCUUGGCUGGCCAUUCGCAGCACUGCUUAGUGUACCCAUGGUGCUAGAUCUGCUAUUAUAUCAACGCGACUGGCGCACCUUCUUGCAGUGGACAUUAAUUUCGUUGGCAACAAUUGCAUUGCCAAUGAUUGCCAUUGACACGAGCUACUAUGGCAAACUAACCUUUGCGCCGCUCAAUAUAGUUUGGUAUAACGUGUUUACUAGCCAUGGACCCAACAUCUUUGGCACUGAGCCACUGAGUUACUAUAUUAUCAAUGGUUUUCUCAACUUUAAUAUUAUCUGGUUGUUGGCGCUGCAAGUGCCCAUUAUGCUGAUUUUAGAGCUACUCAUACUGCCGGGUCGAUUUUUUUCAACGCUCAACUUUCCGCGUAUUAUAUCGGUGUCGCCUUUUUAUCUGUGGCUACUGGUGUUUUUCGCUCAACCACACAAAGAGGAACGCUUUCUAUUUCCGGUUUAUCCAUUGAUCUCAUUGUGCGGCGCCAUGACUUUAGACAUCUAUCAACGCAUCUUCUUUCGCUUUAAAUCGCUUAUGUUCAAACUCAAAGAGCCGUCUCAUUAUCUCGAUCACAGCAAUGUCAUUGCCAUACUUGUAAUGGUCACUAGUGCUUUGCUGGGCCUCUCGCGCGUCUUUGUGCUAUAUCGCAAUUACCAUGCGCCCAUGGAUUUGAUGUUAGAGCUUAAUAAGUUCAAGGUCUCACCACAAUAUCGUGCAGAGGAAACUUAUAAUGUAUGCAUUGGCAAGGAUUGGCAUCGCUAUCCGGGCAGCUUCUUUUUCCCCGCAAACAAUUUCCGUUUACGCUUUUUGAAAUCCGAGUUCCGUGGCAUGCUGCCCGCUUACUAUACUGAGGGUGAGAAUGCCACUCAAGUGGUACAUCCAUAUUUCAACGACCAAAACCAGGAGCAUGAGCACAUGUAUUUUGAUUACGAGCAAUGCCAUUUCCUCAUUGAUUUUGACGAAGGCAAAUACACAGCCCUAGAGCCAAGCUAUACGCGUCGCACCAAGGACUGGUCUAUAAUGAAGAGCUUGCCCUUCCUUAUACAGGAGAAAUCACAUCGAGUGCUGCGAGCUUUCUAUGUGCCAUUCCUUACCGACAAUCAUAUCAAAUACGGAGAUUUCAAUUUGCUAAAACGCAAGAAGCCACGCAGAAAUGGGCACGGCAGCUAGAAAACAUUACCAAGCAAAUCCCAAAACAUUUCCAAACAGCUCUCUUAAUGUUUCAUCUUAUGUUGUUUCCUUAUCUUUUGUAUGCAAUGCAAGUAAAUUGUUUAUGUUUAAUUUUAAUUUAUGCCAAAGCUGUAAAGUUAAUGCUGAAACGAGCUAGAAAUUAAGCAAUAAAUAUCGAAAUUCAACAAGUUUUAUAGCA